CGGCCACCUCGCCAGUCCCCUACCCUCUCUCGCUCUCUUUCUAUAUGACAGAAAAACUCAUCUCUCUCUGGGAAAGGCUCAAGUCUCCAAAAGAUGGCUUUCCCUCAUCACCACUUUCAACAACACUAUCAACCUCACCAACAACAUCAACAGCAAUCGAAAAGUUUCAGGAACUUAUACACAACCGACGAUCAGAUUUCACCGGCACUUGCUUAUUACAGUGCGCCUAAUUUGCAAGAUCAGUCUCAACAUCCUCCUUAUAUCCCUCCUUUUCAUGUUGUUGGCUUUGCGCCGGGUCCGGUGCCGGUGACAGAUGGGAGUGAUGGAGGAGCCGAGUUGCAAUGGAAUAAUGGGGUUGAGCCUAAAAGGAAAAAAUUGAAGGAACAAGACUUUUUGGAGAACAAUUCACAGAUAUCUUCUGUUGAUUUUUUUCAAGCACGGUCAGUCUCAACAGGAUUAGGUUUGUCACUAGAUAAUAAUAAUAAUAAUCGGAUGGCCUCUUCUGGUGACUCGGCUUUGUUGUCACUCAUUGGUGAUGACAUUGAUCAUGAGCUGCAGCGACAGGAUGCAGAGAUUGAUAGGUUCCUCAAAGUUCAGGGUGACCGAUUACGGCAAUCUGUGUUGGAGAAGGUUCAGGCUAGCCAACUUCAGACAAUUUCCUUGGUCGAAGAGAAAAUUUUGCAGAAACUUCGUGAGAAAGAAGAAGAAUUGGAAAAUAUUAACAAGAAGAAUAUGGAACUUGAGGAGCGAAUGGAGCAAUGGACCAUGGAAGCGGGUGCCUGGCAGCAGCGUGCCAGAUACAAUGAGAACAUGAUUACUGCCCUCAAGUUUAAUCUUCAGCAAGUUUAUGCUCAAAGUAGAGAUAGUAAGGAAGGAUGUGGUGAUAGUGAGGUUGAUGAUACAGCUUCAUGCUGCAAUGGCCGAGCCCUUAAUUUCCACCUGCUCUGCAAGGAGAAUAGUGACAUGAAAGAGUUGAUGACUUGUAAGGUUUGCAGAGUGAAUGAAGCCUGCAUGCUUUUGUUACCUUGUAAGCAUCUCUGCCUGUGUAAAGGUUGUGAAAGUAAGCUUAGUUUUUGUCCCUUGUGUCAGUCAUCUAAGUUUAUUGGCAUGGAGGUCUUUAUGUAAUGAUAUGCAUCUGAAAGCUUUAAUAGAUUAUACUAAAGUUAUAUCCAGUAUUCUUGUGAUUUU